AUAUGAUUAGUAGCACCAUUAACAACAUACUCCAUUAAUUUUAUGAUUACUAGCAUCAUUGUAUUAAUUUCAGCUACUUAAAUACCAUCAUUAUUCCUCAGCACACGCAGACGUUAUUCCGCACUUACUAAUAGAAACUUAACUCCGACGGAGUUCAUCUGGUGUUAUUCCGUCGGUAAAUCAUGUAAUUAGAUGCGAAGCCCCUCUCAUUUAGUCAAAUUCUCCCCCAAAUUAGAACUUGCCCUAGGUUCACUUGUCUCCCAAAUCGCCGCCGCCGUCGUUUGAGUCCGCCUCCAUUCUCGCCGCCGACGUGUACUUGCGCCUCUCGCCGGGAAACUAAAAACUAAAACCUGCUGCUACAAGUUGCUUUCCUCUCCCGAUUCAACAACUCCGCCCACCUCGCUCUCCUCAAUCUCAACUGUUUCAAUUGCAGCUACUCAUUCUGCCUUUCUUCCUUUUGAUUUUCAGGAAUGAGUCAUAAUCGUGAAUGGAUGUAUAUUAAUCGUUUUCAUGAUGAUGGUGGUUUAAAUUCCGAUUUUCUAGCUGGACUUGAAACUUUCAUUGAGUUUGCUAGUAGUCGAUCACUGUUCAUGGAUGGAAACAAUAUUAAGUGUCCAUGUAAGAAAUGUGAUAACGUAUUUUAUAAAGAACCAAACACUGUAAGGUACCACAUUGCAAAGUUUGGAUUUGUUCAGAAUUAUUACACUUGGAGAUUCCAGGGGGAGACAUCAGUUGGUAUGGCUGAUGAGAUGAAUUUGGAUGUUGGCCAUAAAUCAAAUGUGCAUCACACGGUGGUGACGGAUGCUCAUGGUCCUCUGUUUAACAUGGGUGAGCCCGGAGAGAAGCCAAAUCCCGAAGCACAACGAUUUUACGACAUGUUAAAUGCUGCAAAUAAAGAGUUGUGGCCGGGCUGCUCAAACCAUUCACAGUUGUCAUUUAUGGCACGACUUAUGAGCUUGAAAUCAGAGAGCACCAUGGCUGAAAAAUGUUCUAACCAGAUACUGAAACUGGUAAAAGAAAGUGUUCCGGAGGAUAACUUGGUGCCUGAUGAUUUCUACAGCAUGAAGAAAUUGUUACAUGGCAUGGGGCUGCCUGUAGUAGAAAUUGAUUGUUGCAUUAGUAAUUGCAUGAUCUAUUGGCGAGAAGAUAUUGAAUUGGUUCGUUGUAAAGUUUGUGGUCAACAUCGUUUCAAGAGUAACAAUCGAGAAUCUUCAAGCCAACAGAAGAAACAAGUAGCAUUUAAGAAGAUGUUAUACUUCCCUCUAACUCCUCGACUACAGAGGUUGUAUGCGUCUAAAGCUACUGCUGAAAAUAUGCGUUGGCAUGCAUCAUCAUGUGAUGAUGGGGUCAUGCGUCAUCCGGCAGACUCACCCGCAUGGAAACACUUGAACAUGACGUAUCCUGUAUUUGCAUCAGAAAUUCGUAAUGUCAGAUUGGGUCUUUCAAUCAAUGGUUUCCAGCCCCUUAGUCAAUUAAGGCAACGAGAUUCUUCAUGGGCCGUUGUAGUGACACCCUACAAUCUUCCUCCUUCGAUGUGUAUGAAAGAGGAGUACAUGUUUCUCACGAUUUUAGUGUCUGGACCACGUAAUCCAAAGGAGGAUAUUGAUGUGUUCCUGCAACCACUUAUAUCAGAGUUGACAGAGUUGUGGGAAGUGGGUGUCCUUACUUAUGAUGUGUCGUUGAAGCAAAACUUUCAGAUGCACGCAGCUGUGAUUUGGACGAUUGGUGAUUUUCAUGCGUAUUCUAUGUUGUCCGGGUGGGGUACAGCCGGAAGAUUGGCUUGUCCACACUGUAUGAAGGAAACUGAUGCUUUCACAUUAACACAAAGUUGUAAGUUUUCAUGGUUUGACAACCAUCGAAAGUUUUUGCCUUAUGAUCAUCCAUUUCGUAAAAAUAAAAAAGCAUUCAGAAAGAAUACAGUGAUUAGUGCAGAACCACUAGAAAUGAUAUCAGGAGAAAAAAUAUUGAAUCAGAUCGAUGAGUGGGGACUAGUAAAAGUAACUAAGAUGGCUAGUGAUCCAAUAAACGGGUAUGUUUCUGAAAAAAUUGGCACUGGUUGGAAAAGAAGAAGUAUAUUAUGGGAUUUGCCUUAUUGGAGCUCUCUGUUGAUCCGACAUAAUUUAGAUGUCAUACAAAUAGAGAAGAAUGUGUUUGAUAGUGUGUUUAACACUGUCCUGAAUGUCCAAGGGAAAACAAAGGAUACGAGAAAAUCUAGAGAAGAGCUUAACCUAUACUGUUACAGACCAGGAUUGGAGGUUGAUGAGUCAACAAGAAAGUAUCCAAAAGCUUCUUACAUGCUUGACAAUCGUGAGAAGAAAGUCUUGUGUGAAUGGAUAAAAAGUCUCAGAUUUUCUGAUGGAUAUAUCUCAAAUUUGAGCAAAUGUGUAGACAUGAGCAAACUGAAGAUGUUUGGGAUGAAUGAUCAUAAGUGUCAUGUGUUCUUGCAGCGCAUUCUACCAAUUGCAUUUCGUGAACUUCUUCCACAAAAUGUUUGGAAGUCAAUAACUGAAUUAAGUUUAUUCUUCAAGGAUCUGACUUCUCGAAACAUUAAAACUGAGGAUAUGUGUAGGCUUCAUGAAAAUAUUGCAAUAAUUUUAUGCAAGCUCGAACGCAUCUUUCCUCCCAGUUUCUUCAACUGUAUGGAGCACCUACCUGUCCAUUUGGCUGAUGAAGCUCGCAUUGCAGGGCCAGUCCAAUAUCGAUGGUUGUACCCAUUUGAAAGGUACUUACGAAAACUGAAAAUUGAUGGAAGAGACAAAGCUAGAAUUGAAGAUUCUAUAUGCAAUGCUUAUUUAGUGAAAGAAGCAUCCACAUUAUGCUCUUAUUACUUUGAGGAACAUAUGAGGAUGAAGCGUAGAGAAGUGCAUCACAAUUGCGAUGGUCGAGGUGAUAUUAGGUAUGAAGAUCAUCCAGAUAUGCUUUCAAUUUUCAAGCAAUCUGGACAACCUUUUGGAGAAAUGUCAAAGAGAUAUCUGGAUGAAAAAGAGUUGGCUGCUGCUCAUUUAUAUGUUCUACUAAACUGUACUGAAGUUACAGAUUUGUAUUAUGAUCGGUUUGUUGAAACUUUAAAAAUAUCAAAUCCAUCAAUCUCUCAGUCUGAUAUUGAAAAGGCUAUAAAGAGGGACUUCGCACCUGUGUUGGCUGCAUAUGUCAAAGAUCCUCUUAGCUACGCCGACGCCGUGACUCCAAUGAUACGAGAACUUGCAACAGGGCCUUCACGACUAGUUAAGACGUAUCCAGGAUUUUAUGUAAAUGGAUAUAAAUUUCAAACUCUGAAACAUGGGACACAAAAAGCAACUAUGAAUAGUGGAGUGUGCAUUAAAGGUGAAGUUUAUGGAAACAAGAAUGAGCCUGAUUAUUAUGGGCGAUUGUUGGAGGUCUGUGAAUUGGAGUAUCCUAGGGUACCUGUCAAAACCAUAACAAUGUUCAAGUGUGAGUGGUUUGACACAUCAAAAAAGGGGACAUUGGUGCAUCCUGAUUUCAAAUUGGUAUCAGUAAACCAUACCCGCAGGUAUAAAGAGUAUGAACCUUUUGUCCUAGCAAGCCAAGCAACUCAGGUGCAUUAUUGCCCCUAUCCGAGUUUAAAUGAGUCGAUGAAGGACUGGUGGGCAGUUUGCGAAAUGAAAGCUAGAGCUGAUGUAGAAGUCUUGGAUAAAGCAUCUAGUGCAAUACCGCCACCCUUUCAAGAGGAUAAAUCGGUUCAUAUAGCCACUCCAACCAUAGAUGAUGACACAGUACCAGUUCAUCCAGAUGGUACUUUGAUAGAUAUCGAAGAAGCUGGUGAUAAAUCAGAUGAAGAUAUUCAAUUGCCGGAGACGGAUGAUGAUGAUGAUGAAGAUGACGAUGACGAUGACAGCGAUUAUUAGCAACAGAUGGUUCCAAGAUAGCAUGGUAGAUCACAAGUCCUUGGUAAGGAUGCAUCGACAUCAGCAGUGUUAUUAAAGAUUUUGGAAUUUGACUUUUGAUGGAAUUUUGAAUCUGAUGUUGAUCUUUAGUCUUUUUGGCUCUUGGGAAUGGUAUUGUUGUUUCUUGGCAGAUUAUACAUGAGAAAUGACUUGUUUAAUUAACUUUUGAUUUUUGUGGCUAUGAAUCAGCUUUGGUGUGUGUAGUUUUCAAAUGACAUGUUGUGUGUUGUGUAAAGGGAAAUUAAGGCAGGCAGUGAGGUCUCAAUUGUUUAGAACUACAAGUAGAGCAAAUGAUAUGCCAUUUGAUUGGAGAAAAAUGUAUAUUUCAUGGAAUUAUAUUUUAUCAAGUAUAUGAUUUAAAUGUUA